AUGGCUUCAUCAUUUGACCCAUCCAUGUCCACGAGUGGCAUGCGCCCUCCUCUCGCAUCGGCGGAUGCUCCUUCCAUGGCCGAUUCGCUGCCUAACAUCAACUUCGGGUUUGAGGACUUGCGCAAUCGCAUGGCGCAAUUCACUGCUAAGUUUGAUGCUUUUAUUGAACGAGGUCGCAAGCAAGUUUUAGAAGAGAGAAAUCAGUUUCAUAUCAACCUCGCCGAAAAGCAAGAGGAUGAGCGCAUGCAACAACGAGAAAUCGAGAUUUUGAACCUGAAACACCAGACUCAUGAGCAAACACUACAGAAGGAGGCAGCAGAAGCGGCUGAAAUGCACGCCGCCAUCUCUUCCAUCACUAUGGAACGCGACUCGAGACUGGCCAAACGUGAUCGUCUUAAGCAACAGAUCGCAGAGACCCAGAAGGCCAUCAACCAGAAGCUAGAAGCACAGAAAUCCCAUGCAAAGCAUUUGGAUGCACAGUCUCGACUCAAUUUUCCUGAAUUGGAAUUCUGGCAGGAUUAUCUUUGUUUACGGAUUGAGGGUGCAGGUCGGGAAGACCGAUUGAAAUUCGUCUACAGUCAUUUAUUGGAAAAGGAUUGGGAAGCGGAGGCGUGGUUUGAAUUGGGAACUGCCAGUCGUGAUUAUGAGAUUUUCCACACACGGCCCAAGGUGGACAAGAAUGCCUUGGAGCGUGAGAUGGAUCUUGUCAAUGACGAUCGAGACUUUGGAGCCUUUCUCAAACGAAUGCGCAAGUUGUUUGUGGAGACAAUGAACUGA